GCAAGAAAACGGAACUUGAAAAUCGCAUUUUGACUACCCCGCAGAGACUUCCUUCUUCCCAACAAGCAACUUUAUCACUCUGUCAUGUCAGUCAGUCAGCGAUCUGCGUUCGUAACGGGCUGCGCUUCACCUAGAGGCAUAGCAGCCCAGAUAACAGCUUCUUUGGCAAGCAAAGGAUACCUUGUAUUCGCUUCAGCAAAGACCUCUGAAAGUUUGGGGCACCUCCAAGAUAAGUGCGAGCCGAUGGUCCUCGAUGUCACCGACGAACAAAACAUUGCGCAAGUAGUAAAGUCCGUUUCCGAGAGAACGGGUGGCCGCCUUGAUGUCCUCGUUAACACUGCAGGCAUUGAUACCCUUUGCCCCCUCCUUGACACUUCCCUCCCGGCUCUCCGGGAGGUCCUUGAAACCAACACCAUAGGCCCUCUUGCUCUUAUCCAAGGCUUUGCCCCUCUCCUUGUCAAAGCCGCCAACGAGCCUGUCCCCGGUACAAAUCAAGUUCGCCAAAGCGUCAUCGUCAACAUGGGUAGUCUAUCCAAGGCCGGUUUUACUUGGAAGGGUGGGUAUAGUAUGAGUAAAGCGGCUUUGGAGUGCAUGACAGAGGUUUUGAGGUCGGAGAUGAUGCCCCUGGGUGUGCAGGUCAUCAAUUGCCAUAUCGGGACCGUCAACACGGAUAUGUACUUUAACCAAAAGAUCUUUGACAGCAAAUCCCCAAACCCCACGCCUUAUUACCCCAACUUCUCAAUGAUCGCCGACAACAUGACAAAAGACUCUCAAAAAGCCGAGAGGAUCAUCAUGAAAGCCGACAAGGCUGGGCAAGAUAUCGCAAAAAUCAUUGACAAGGUAAACCCUCCUGGAUUUAUCAGAGCGGGCAGUUAUGGUGCGCUUUUUGAUUGGGCUGCAGCGAUCCUUGAUUUUAUUGGGUUGAAGAAUUGGUUUUGGGGCAGACAGUUUUAUACUCAUCUGGUGCCAAAGCCAGACCCAAAAAAGACUGCUUGAAUUUCUUUUAUUGCUGAAUUUGAAUGGGCAGGUCUUUGUCAAAAGUUGAUAUUUCUGUAGCAAUUAUUCGAUACCGAAGAGAAAAGUGCGCUCGUUGCUAUUGCAAGCCACAUCAUGUAUAUCUUUUGU